GAUGAUCGAAGAUUCAACUAUAACUAAAGAUGACUCUAUUGCCAUUGAAGCUUACUUGCAUACGAGAUCAUUGCAUGAGCUAGCAAGGAAUGGUCAACUAGAAGGUUUGAGAACCAUUUUGGAUUCUGGAACUGUAGAUGUCAACUCUCUGUGCAGGACGGAGGGAUUAGAUCCCUUGACUCCACUCAGUUGUGCAGUAAAAAAUGGGAGCAUUCCUUGUAUUGACCUCUUGCUGGAGUAUGGAGCAGAGCUCAACCCAUCAAGACACUUGGACAAACAAGCAAGAAAACAUCCUUUAGUUUGUGCUUUGGAGAGCAGGAAUCAAGAUGUGAUCAAACAUAUUGUUUCCAAGGGAGCAGAUAUGAAGUUAGCAUUUGCUGUUCUUUCUAAUGUCAAUGAUGUUGAGCUGUACAAAACACUCAAUGUUAAAGUUGACAUGGAGCUGAGCGAGAUAAGCAUCUUAGAGCUUCAAGAAACACCUCCAAACUUUGAAGCACUACAGGAGCUUGUUGAAUCAGAAGUGUUUUGCUCGUGUCUCAGUCCGAUAGACAUGGCUCUAGAUCUGGAAGAGGCUAGCCUUGUUGCUGCACGUAUCUGUACCGAACAUGCAGAUAUGUAUCAACAGCUAGCUAAGCAAUGUCAGACGUUUGCUAAGGAUUUCCUUGCUUGUUGUCAGGUACCGAGUGAUGCAGAGCUGCUGCUGUCCAUGAAGAAUGCUGACAACACCUUUGGGAGGGCUCUGAUGUACAAUGAGAAGGAGUUCCUGACCCAGCCCUGGAUACAAGUUGUGUGUGAGAAACAGUGGUUUGGUGAACUUGAUGGAGUUCAGAAUAGCUGGUGGUCCUGUGUCAGUGCUAUUAUCAAAGUGCUGCUGGCACCUGUCCUGGUACCUACUUGGUUGCUGUAUGGACUGGUCGCUGGAAACCUGCAGCAUCUUAACAAGCUAAUACAACUUAUUGGAUCACCUUGCCUUUGCUUCUUCUCCUUUGUUACCUCACACAUCAUCUUCUUUGUAAUACUCAUGUUUAUUUGCACAGACAAAACGCGACAACAUUUGACGUAUGCAGAAAAAAUAGCCUACUGUUGGCUGUUAGGAAAACUUUUAUCAGACUGUAUCAAAUAUUAUAAAGUCAUAAGGUUGACUUCGUUCAAAGUAUCUGCACUGAGGGGAGUAUUUGACUGUUUCUAUACACUUUUCUUUGCAGUGCUGUUUGGUAUCAGAAUUUAUACAGCAAGCAGUGCUCAAAGUUCAAAUAUAUCUCUGCUAGUGUUUGUGGCAGAUGUGCUUUAUGCAGUAGGAACAAUUCUGCACAUACUCCAGAUAGUCUAUGUGCUGCAAGUCACCAAGUUCUUGGGACCCAUCCUCGUGUCCAUGAGACACUUCUUCUGGGAAUUACUCAGGUUCCUUGCAAUCCUGAUGAUCAUGAACAUUUCAUUCAGUAUUGCUAUUACUAAAAUAUUUAAUGCUUAUGAUGUGUAUGCAAAUGAUAACACAACAUCGAACCCCUCCCUAACCGCCAACUUCUCCCACUACAUCACCAUCAGUACCACCCUAUUCUGGGCUAGCUUCUCCUUGGUUGACCUCAAUGAUUUCGAGGAGUACAGUGCCCAUAUAAUGGCUCUGCUCCUGAUAGCUUGCUACAUAAUCCUCUCAUCGGGGCUGCUGGCAAUGCUGCUCUUUGCCAUGAUUAAUUAUCAGUACACCAAAGCUAAGAAGAGGUUCGAGACAGAGUGGAAGUUUCUAUCAGUCAAGCUCACCCACGAGUUCUCCCUUCUCCACCCCUCCAUCAUACCCUUCAACCUGAUCUCCCUGCCUAUCAGCCUGACUGCUCAGGCGCUGGUCAGGAUGUUUGGUGACUCAAACAAGCUAACUUUGUUUGGAGGCAAGGAUCAGGUUGUGGAGCCACACCUCGUGUACUACAUUCAGAGCAAAGUGAUCCUUAACCCUGAUUGUGAAGAGGAAAGACAGCUCUCAUCCAGUCCCUUGCUACUUCUCAUCUCACACGCAAAUCAUGGCCCGGAAUCUCUAUUAAUAAGCUUCAGAAGAACCCUGGAGCUAAAGACGAAGAAGACGCUCAGUCCAUGACCUCGUCCCCCACUGGUCUUCUGGACCCAGCACUCGCCCUGGAGAGGAUGUCUUGCAACCUCGAAAAACAGGAGCACUCUAUAUCGGAGUUGAGGCGGGCCAACCAGGAGCUCACCCUCAAGCUAGACAUCCUGUUAAAGCGUGUUCGAAGUAACAACCACAGCUCUGAAUGUUAAAUAUAAUUUAUAUAUCUUCGCUUUUUUAUUUGCUCAUUAAUAGACUCUAGGCGUAUUAUGUUGAAAUGAGUCAUGUUUUGCUGAGUUAAUGGGAGUUUGUCACUGGUUGCAAGACUUUUGAAAUAUGUUGAAACGCUGCUGUUCAGCGAUUUGUGCUGUUUAUUAAAUUAUGGUAUAAAAUGGGAGCUCCACACCAAUACAAAUACUAAAGAGCUGAAUAAGCCUCAAUAAAGUCACUAGAAAGGAAUUUUUUGCUUAAACACUCUAGAGAAAACAUUUUUCGUAAGUUACCCAUAAAUUGAAUUCCACUUAAUAUGUUGAAGAAAACUUCAGCUGUUUUAAAAAUUCAAUCCACCGCAACCUGACUUAAGUUUUAACGAAUUUAAACAUGAAAAUUUGGAUAGAUUCAUCUUAGAUUUAAAUUACUGAUUAAUAAUAGUUUCGAUAAUAACAUCAGACACCACACAAGUUAUAUAACUAAAAUUCAAAGUAGUUCCACCUAAGUCAUUAGUGUAUAUUGUUUUAUGGCUAUAAACGUCUGGUCCAGUUAUAUA